AUGCGGAUCCGGGGUGAUGAAAACGCGUUGCCCAUUAAUCGCAAUGGCAAAACGCUUCACCACCGCAACAAGUCCAGCCCGGCUCUCUCUUCACUCGCUCGGGGUGAAGGGCCAAGGGAGCCAUUGAAGCGAGCAGCAUUGGGGAACGUCAGCAAUACAGCCAACUCCCUUCGACUGGCUAAGGAUGAUAACUUUAUCUCCAACGCGAAGGAGAAGUCGAAACCUGCGGAGAAGCUGACUACGCUCACCCGACCGGUCCAACGAGCGUCCCAAAUCCUCGCAACUAAAGUACCGAACAAGAAUAAUACCAUUGAUGCAGCAGGUGCCCUUGUCAGGACGGCCGCUUUGGAUGCGCUUCCCGUGAACCCUCGAAAACCGCCGGUGAGACGCAAUACCGUUUUUCAGGACUCCAUUCUACCUCCUCUGGUCGAGUCGACGGCCUCGAUUACCGAUGGAAAUCAGCCCCCGGCGCCAGAAAAAUUAGACUCUAAGUCUAAGAGCCCUACGACCUCACAUGAUCAGCAUGACUGUUCUAUUCACAGUCAAGAACAUCAAGAUGGGGAUUCUGUGCUAGAUGGUGCAUAUGGUCUCCAAAAGAUCGAGGGAGUUUACAUUGAAGAUAAUGGGGAGAUCAAGAUCUACAAUCCAACCAAGCCGACAGCUUGUAUCCCGGGAAAACUGUCGACUGAACCUCAGUCAACUGUGCUUCCUCUAGAUAGUGAGAGUGCUCAAGACAAAUGCACUGCUGGGCUUAUUGAAAGCCUUUCUGCAGAAGAGGCCAUGGCAGCUUAUGGUCAUCAUGAUCCAGCAUCCGAUCCUGAAGAAUCCUGGUAUGACGAUAAUGAAAAUUUUGUUGAUGAUGGCUCUAUGCCACCUCGUUCUCAUUUUUACGGCACCGACAAUACAACUGUGGGCACCACUGCCAUUCUAUUUCCAGAGUUCACUGCAAAUGAAAAGCGAGACCUAGCCUUUGCGAAAAAAUUCGUCGAGUCUACCCGCACUGCCCAAGACUAUGAAGACGAAUGUUUUGAUCCCACCAUGGUCGCCGAAUAUGGAGACGAGAUCUUUGACUACAUGAGAAAACUUGAGGUUAAACUGAUGCCAAACCCUCAUUAUAUGGAUAAUCAAGCUGAGAUUCAAUGGUCCAUGCGCUCCGUCCUUAUGGAUUGGAUCGUUCAAGUCCAUCUCCGAUUUAAUCUCCUUCCCGAAACGCUUUUCCUUUGCGUUAAUUAUAUCGAUCGGUUCCUUUCUUCCAAGAUCGUCUCGCUUGGAAAGCUUCAGCUGGUCGGCGCUACGGCUAUUUUCAUUGCUGCGAAAUACGAGGAAAUCAACUGCCCAUCCGUUCAGGAGAUUGUCUAUAUGGUGGACAACACUUAUACCGCCGAGGAAAUUUUAAAGGCCGAACGCUUCAUGCUCAGCUUACUUCAAUUUGAGCUUGGAUGGCCAGGCCCGAUGAAUUUUCUUCGCCGAAUCAGCAAGGCAGAUGAUUACGAUCUAGAGACUCGAACUCUCGCCAAAUACUUCCUUGAGAUAACUAUUAUGGAUGAGAGAUUUAUUGGCUGCCCUCCAAGUUUUCUUGCGGCAGGCGCACACUGUCUUGCGAGGCUAAUGCUAAGAAAGGGUGAUUGGGGUGCGACUCACGUCUAUUAUUCGAACUAUACUCCUUCUCAGCUCUACCCCCUGGUUUCACUUAUGCUUGAGUGCUGCGACAUCCCGCAGAGGCACCAUCCUGCGAUAUAUGAAAAGUACUCCGAUCGUCGAUUCAAACGCGCUUCUUGUUUCGUCGAAAGCGAAAUCCUGAGCGGCUUCCAACUUCCUAACAAACCCAGGGUUCCCUCUGCGAACCGUCUCCUUCACAUUCAUAACCGCGCGUCGGCGGCUCGACGUACUUGA